AGUUCCUAACCUCGUCCAUGUCACGCUGUUGCAGAGAAGAUCUAGCAAUGUCGGUUACAGAGGCGAGAACGUCUCUUCCCGUCAUCCUUGGAUCCUCCUCCAAAUUCCGAGCUAAAAUUCUCAAAUCCCAUAAUGUCGAAUUCACGACUCUAAAACCCGACAUUGACGAAAAAGCCGUCGCGGGCCGCGCGGAUGCCAACGGACCGAGCCAAGUAUGCUUGGCCGUUGCCAAAGCAAAGGCGGACGCACUUGUUGCGCAGGUACAGGGUCAGCAUGUUUUGGUCGUUACCUGUGACCAGGUUGUUGCUUGGGAAGGUGGAGUGAGAGAGAAGCCAGAGAAUGAGGAGAUGUGCCGGGAAUACCUACGUAGCUAUGCAAAUGCGCCAGCCGAGACCCAUUCGGCAGUUGUAGUCACAAAUACCAAAACAGGAAAGCAAGUACAUGGGGUAGACGUUGCCCAACAAUAUUUUGCCCCCAUUCCUACACCUGUUAUCAACGGGCUCAUUUCUAAAGGGGAUGUGAUGCAUUGCUGUGGAGGAUUCAUGAUUGAUGAUCCUCUCCUAGAGCCGUAUCUAUUGAAACGAGAGGGGGAUGAAGACUCCAUAAUCGGAAUGCCCAUGCGCUUACUGAUGCGCCUGUUGAAAGAAGCAGAGACAUAAUGCUCAAAUUAGUCCAGCAAAUGUAUAUAAUAGAAACUAACAACAAUAUUUUAUACAAAAUCGAUAGCAAACUUCUAUGUGCACCAAA